UGCUCUCCAGUUCUCCAGUAGCGCGCGGAUGCGUUAGAAGUCAGAGAGCUGCUUCUCCUCUUUUCUUUUAUUUCCUCUCCGCUUGUUUUUUGAGUUUUAUUUGAGAACACACUCACUGCCGGGACAGAGUCUGACACUCUUCACCACCGUCAGGCUGAAGUUGAUUUGAAAGUUUAAAAGCGGCGAUGACGGAAAUAAGCGAUGAGAUGGAGAGCGACGCGGAGCCGCACGAGCUGCAGAGAUCACCGAGCACCUUAUCCAUCAACGCCGGAUCCAAGUUGUUGAGGUUAAAGCGUUCCUUGGCGUUUAUGCGCAGUAAGAGUGUGGAGAAUUUCUUCCAGCGCUCCUACAGCGACGCCCGUCUGCCUUCUGAUGUCAUCGACGAUGCCCCGCCUCCUUCCCCUCCUCUGCUUCCAGAGUCACCGCUGCCCAGCGACCCAAACCCCCCCAAACCCCCUUUAAGCCCCUCCCUCCUGGUGCAGCAGAAGCCCCGCCCUGCACAAACACACUGCUUCCUGGAUUAUGUGUUCCGCCGACCAACCAGCUGUCAGCUCUGCAAACACGUCAUCGUGGGGAACUCUAAACAGGGUCUUCGCUGUAGGACGUGUAAAAUCUCGGCUCAUCUCUGGUGCACUGCAGAGCUCUCACAGCAACCAUGCCAAGGAAAAGCCGGCAUGUUCAAGAGAAACUUCAGCACUCCAUCAAUCACCAGCGACCAGCCGGCAAAUAAAGAGGCUCAAACUACAUCAGAGGUGAAGGUGCGAAUGGACCCAGUCUACGCUACACUCCGCUAUGGGACGUCUUUGGCCCAGAUGAGCCGGUCUAGUUUCGGGAGUGUGUGUGAGUCUCCAACACGCAGCCUGUAUUCGUUUUUCACUGAUUCUCAGGGUGAUGGAGGGGAGGAGAAGGACGAAACGGAGACGGACAUGGACGAACAGACCAAUAACGACACGGACAGCGCAGAUCUCCCGAAUCCAGAGACUUCGAAGACUGAAGCGGAGGAUGUGAUAAAGUUUCCCAGAUUUCAUCCGAUCCACACGUACGUGGCUCUCUUCAAGUUUCUGCCACAAGAGCAGAACGAUCUGGAGUUACGUCCGGGAGACAGAGUGCAGGUCACUGAUGACUCUAAUGAAGAGUGGUGGAAGGGGAAGAGUGGAGACAGGGUGGGUUUCUUUCCCGCUAAGUUUGUACAGAGAGUGCGUCCAGGUGAGACUGUGUGGAGAGUCACGCAGGGUGUCCAUGGCGACCGACAGAUGGGUCACAUGACUGUUAAGGAAGAUCAGAUCUGCGUGGGGAAAAAGGAGGACAGUGACGGAUAUGUGAAGCUGUGCAGCGGGAAGAAGCGAGGCCUGGUGCCCACACACUCUCUGGAGGAAAUUUAACACACGUCACACACUCCAUACUGACCCAAUAAAUAAAACCCCAAUCCUAAAAAUACUGACAUCUGGAAUGACGGUGACGCGGUGAAGAGGCUACAGCGUGGGAUAAUGUCACGUAGAGCGUUGUGAUAUAAUACAGAAGUGUGUAACCAAACCACUGUGUAGUGUCUCUGAUUAUACACACACACACACACACA